ACAAACAUUCGUCAGUUGUCUCGUUGCCGCUUGAUUUGUAUAAUUGUUGCUGCUCUGAAAUAUUUCGAGAUGAAAAUAUUCGCUUUGAUUCUCUUAGCAACUUUCGUCGUCGGCGAUCGUUUUUACCAGCAACCGUACUCACCGGUUGUUUUAAAGUCGCCCUGGCAGCUGGCAUCAUCACCUAUUAAUAGAGACCUUUUUCUAUAUCCUAGCCAAAUAAACAAUUGGGUGCAAUAUGUUUUCUCGGAAUAUUUUAGCACACCGGUUCCUGUCCCCGAUCCUGUUAUUCCGACUAUGCCAGACGAUGAUUACAUCAGGAAAAAUCCAGGAUACUUUUCGGGACAGCAACGCUCCGCAUCGGUGAAUAAAAAUUACGAAGAUCAAUCAGCUGAUCGCAUGGCCGAGCCAAAAGUUUCGUUUUCUAAGCAACGCAUUCCGGCUUGGAAUCACAAAUUUUUCUUGUUGGACAACGAAGCUCACACUGUCCACGCUCUCCGCCCAUUUAAUCCGCUGGAAUUGCUCAGCAUGAACCUCAACAAUCAGAUGAAACCGUCGUCGUCGGCUCUGACGCGCCCCAUCAUCUUCGCCCGACAAACCAUCAGGAUGACGGUGACAGACGUCAGCAGCGUCACCACCACUAAAAUCUGCAUACCGUCCAAUUUGUUUUUAAAUACGACCAACCCAACCGUUUGCCCGAUUUACAACCGGACCAGACGCUUUGUCGAUCUGGAAGACGAUCUCCUGGAAAAUUCUGACGUUUUUCCAACUACCAUCAACCAGGAAAACCUGGUGGAACCAACAGUUUUGAUUAGCGAUCCUCUGCGAUCUGCCGUUCGUGAAAUUGAGUCGUCCAAGUACGAGGAUCUAAUAGACGGCAGAUCGGAAUUGAAUGAUUACGACCUGCCGGAAUUAUUGACGAGAAAAGACAGGGCCAUGUUUAAUCGAGUACCGUCGACCUCGACGGUGACGGUUAUCGCAAUGGAGACGUAUGUCGUCACGAAAGCUAUCAACCCGGUUACUUCAGUUUCGAGUCAAAUUACUGGCGUUUUAAUCUGCGUGCCACCAGGCCUUGUCGUGUGCGCGUGAAUUUCAGAAUAUAAAAUGAAGAUGGUCGAUUCAGUAUUAUAAAAUUGACUAGUAUUACUCCCAGUUAUCUUGUCUCCUCCGUGAAUAAUUGAUGGAAUAAUACACAACUGGAAUGGGA